AUGAAGACGAAUGUAAGCGCGUUGAUCUCGCUGGGAGCAGGUAAAAAUCGGUGAAAUGUGGUCAUAAACUGCUAUGCAAUAUGUUAUGACUUUAUGAAGGCGUCAGGUAAAAAGGUUACGAAUUCUGCCUCCAUUGAGGUGAUAUUGCGAAGUUGACUUAGGAUAGCUAACUCGUUAGUUACAUGCUAGUUCAAUGGUAGCAAAGAUAUUUUGACGGUAGCCUACUCUGUAAGUUCGGAAUCUCUUGUUCUCUCCCCUGAGUCAAACAGUUAAGUUACCAUGUUCAACAAUCCUAUCAGAUCAACUGAUGACAGGUCAAUGUUUGUCUGAAGUGGAAACACAUUUAGGGUAACCUUAGGUAGCUAGGUGAUUUUAGUGCCUAACUAGUUAGCCAACAAUGUAGGGCCCUAUAAAAUGGACGGAAUCCAUAAAAUUUAACGGAAUUCAACAAUAUUAAACGUAUUGAACUUAGGGAAUCAACUAUGUAUUACAUUAAUUAGCACACGUUUAUCAUAAGACAAACAGAAUGCAACAGUGAUUCUUAUUUAAUGCAACCUUCUGAAGAGGCAACGAGAAUUCCCCGGUCUGUGUAUGUGCGCCCAGCUACCACUUUGUGUAGCCGUUAGCGAUGACGUUAAUGAAAAAUCUUCUGGUAGAUGUUAACCCAAAAACCUAAUCAAUUCAAUGUUAACUACAAAGUAGCCUAUGCAUACCUGCCAGAAUGAUAUCAUGAUUAUUUGCAUCAAUCCAAAAACAUAACUAAACAUCCUCUUGCAAUGUGCGCACUGGAAUUAUAGGGUAACUACACCCACAAAUCGAAAUUUAAUUUAAUCGAAUUUUCCUAGACCUCGAAAGUGGUGUCCUGAUGUAGUAUAAUCAUUAUUGUUGACUUAGAACAACUAACAUAGUUGUUAUUCAUAUGAAAUUAGAAGUGUGAUUUUGAUAGCAAAAACCUGAAAUAAAACGGGAAAAUGGACACCUGGAAAAACAAAACGGAAUUUAGGGAAAAACAGAAUCAGGCCAAACAUUUAAAUGAUUAUAUAGGGCCCUAACAAAUCAAAUUUUAUUCGCCACAUGCGCCGAAUACAACAGGUGUAGACAUUACAGUGAAAGGCAUACUUAGACUAUGUAGCUAAGAGAUGAAGCCUACAAUAAAUUCAGAUUGCCUUUAAUAAAUUCACAGCCUUAAAUCAACUUUCAGGUUUGACAAGUCUCAAGAUGGAUUCCCUAUACGGCCAGGUAGCCAUUGGAAUAUUGGGAGGAGUGGGCUGUGGACUUUGCCUUGGCUGGCACGUCCGGGCUCGGUUCAGCAACUCCUCCAAAGACCUCAUCGGGGCGGCGAUGGGGAAUGGCAGCGGGGGUGAAAUGGCCGCCAGCGUCAUGGGAGAAGGAGGGGAGUUCAAAAUGAUCCUGGUGGUCCGAUCCGACCUGAAGAUGGGCAAGGGGAAAGUGGCAGCCCAGUGCUCACACGCUGCUGUGUCGGCCUAUAAGCAGGUCCAGCGCAGGAACCCUGAGCUUCUGAAGCAAUGGGAGUACUGUGGCCAGCCCAAGGUUGUGGUUAAAGCUCCAGAUGAGGACAGUCUGAUAGAACUGCUAACCCAUGCCAAAGAGGUAGGGCUGCCUGUCAGUCUGAUCCAAGAUGCAGGGAGGACCCAGAUAGCACCAGGAUCCCGUACUGUGUUGGGAGUAGGCCCUGGACCAGCUGAUCUUGUGGACAAAGUCACUGGACACUUGAAGCUCUAUUAGACACGAAAUAGGACUUGAAUUGAGUAGUCUGUAUUAGUUGUAUUUGAAGUAGGAUAAUCAUGGUCCACUUCAAAAUGUAUUUUUUUAAUAGAGAAGUGGUCAUUUGGGAACUGUACAUUACUUUUCAUUAAAAGGUCCAACAUCA